AAGUGCCAUCCGUGCCAACUCCCACCUUCGCUAUGACUCGUGGUCUGACCUCUCUGGCCUUGGGCCUCGUCUCUGGCAUCUCUUUGCUGGUGUCUCCAGUGAUGAUCUUCCGCUCGGAGUGGGUGGUGCGGAAGACCGGCGCGCUGGCGCCCCAUGAGCAGCUGCAUCCCAUUUCCAAGCGCUUCCUGGUCGCCUUCGAGAUGACCGCGUUCAGCCUCGCCGCCUUGGGCGCCAGAGCUUGCGCCCUUGGCACUGCGAGUGAGCGCGUCUUCUGGGCGAAGAUGUUGGCAGUCCCUUGCGCCUCGCUCUGCACGAGCAUCAGCAUCUUUGGAUAUGAGAAAGGCCACCAGUUUCAUGGGAAGAAUGCCGGUGCGAAGGCCUUUGGUGCGAUGACGACUCUCCUGUUCCUGGGAACUGUGGCGUAUCCGGAACGUGAGGCGUGAUUUCUGGGAGUAGUUCUCUCUCCAAAUGGCUUCCUAUGCCAUGGAUUAGCAUGCGAAAGCGCUUGCGUUGCAAAACUGCAUCGAUUGAUUUCAGUCUGAAACGUUGAUGGCAGUCUUGCCAGCUGCUUGAGGUAAA